AUGAACGAAGAAGAUGUAAAACCAAGUUUGCAAUCAAAUCAAAACGAAAGCCAAACUCACGAUGAAAUCAAAUCACCUGAACCUGAACCUGAACCUCAAUCUCAGUCUGAACCUCAACCUCAACCUCAAAGUCAAUCGAAUCCAACUCCAACUCAAGAAGAAAACGCAAAUGAUGAUGAAGACUCAUUAGCUAAUUUAACAUGUUCAAUCUGUCUUGGAUCUCCUUCACCUUUAGUAGUAACUCAAUGUGGUCAUGUAGCCUGUGGUGGAUGUUUAGCAGCCUCUUUGGCUUCGCAACCUAGACCUAUGUUAGGUUUUGAACCCCAAGCAGGAACAGAGAAUAAUGGAAAGUGUCCUGUUUGUCGUACGAUGUUGGUUGGUGGAUGGGGUACUUCUAUGAGAGGUGCGAUUUUGAAGAUGGGAACUGGUACUACAUGA